UCUUCCUUUACUACUAAGAAUAAGCUAUACUACUACAACUACUACUUAACAUGUCUUUGAUUACUAUCCAAGCAAUCAAUCAACCCUUAGUAACAAGAGCGCCUGCUCUAUUUCUGAAUGCAUGGAGGCUUUGUCCACUAGGCCGAAGGGGCCUCCAAACAGCCGCCCAGCAGACGGUGCCAAAAUCAGAUACCAUGCUGCAAAGAACCCGGCCCCGAAGAAUGCAGCAGCAGCGGCAUCUGGAGCGGAUAUUUGCCUAUCCAGUAUAUCAACAGAACCCAAAAAGGGUAACAGAACUUGUCAACCAGUAUCGUCAGACCAGUCGGGCAGAAAUCGAAGACAGAACGAACAUAGGCCUUGCCUAUGCGAUCCUCUUUGCUGCCUUUAUCAGAGCCUGCAUAAGAUUAGAGGACAAGUCCUGUCCUAAAGAGGACAAUGCGCAAGAGGAAAUCUUCGCACUAGAUGAGAAUACAGAGGAGAACGUAUUUGAUGAGCUCUUCUAGCUCAGAAAUUGUUAAGAGAGCGGAUUCCUUGUUAUUAUAGG